CUAGAAGAAGAAUUGAAUCGAUUCCUUCGAAGGAUUCAGCUCCUUUGACAGCUUUUCUUUUGUGCUGAGAAUAAGCUUCGGAUGAACAUCAAUGGCUGUUCGUGCCGCAAAGAGACGCAUUCUCAUUUCCUUAAAAUGUCGCUGUGCAUUAUUUAAACUUGAAACAUUCCUUGACACGUGUUUGAACGAAGACAUUAGCUGAGCAAAGUUCUUUUUGCUUCUGUUAACACUGGUCAAAGGAGCCCCUCGCGCAACUUCAAGGGCACUGCCGCAUGA